AUAGGGAGGUGUGAGUGAGUGAGUGAGUGAGUGAGUGAGUGAGUGAGUGAGUGAGUGAGUGAGUGAGGCCAGUGCAGGGAGGCGGUGAAUGGCCAGUGUCCGUGGUUGGAGCUGCGUCGCGCGUCUUGGCGCAGUGUCCGUCGGAGCGCGCUGGAUCUCGCCGUGCGUAAAGACAGUUUCAGGCCAAAAACAGCGAACCGCUCCGUUUCCAAACACGCUGCUCCGUUGUUUCCUAAUAGGAAACGGACUCUUCUGGUAACGGGACCUGGUCUAUUUUUACCAUUGCCAGAAAAUGGACCCUGUCUACAACGCCACCGACUGUUUCCCCGCUAACGGGACGAACGCGUCCUUGAACUGCAGCGGCUUCAACCAGUUCGUGCAGCCGGUGUGGCGGAUCACGCUGUGGGCUGUCGCUUAUUGCAGCAUCGUCGUCGUGUCCGUCGCUGGCAACGUGGUGGUUAUCUGGAUUAUCCUGGCGCAUAAACGCAUGAGAACCGUCACCAAUUACUUUCUGGUGAACCUGGCCUUUGCCGAAGCGGCCAUGUCAGCGUUUAACACCGUGAUCAACUUCGUCUACGCUGUUCACAACGACUGGUACUUUGGCCUGGCCUACUGCCGCUUCCAUAACUUCUUCCCCAUUGCAGCCAUAUUUGCCAGCAUUUGCUCCAUGACGGCCAUCGCUUCGGACAGGUACAUGGCCAUCAUCCACCCGCUGCAGCAGAGGCUGUCCUCCACAGAGACCCGCCUCGUGAUCGCCGUGAUUUGGGUUCUGGCUCUGCUUCUGGCCUUCCCUCAGUACUACUACUCAUCGACCACCCCUCUGCCCGGACGCACAGUCUGCUACAUAGACUGGCCUGAAUACGCCACCGUGGACUUCAGGAAGAUCUACUACGUGUGCGUGACCCUGCUGAUCUACUUCCUGCCCCUCGGCAUUAUGGGAUGCGCGUACACCGCCGUGGGCAUCUCCCUGUGGGCCAGCGAGAUUCCCGGGGACUCGUUGGAGCACUACAGGGAGCAGCUCCUCGCCAAACGCAAGGUGGUGAAGAUGAUGGUCGUGGUGGUGUGCACGUUCGCCGGCUGCUGGCUGCCGUACCACGUCUACUUCCUGCUGCACCAGUUCUUCCCCGACGUGUUCGAGCAGCGCUACAUCCAGCAGGUGUACCUGGCCGUCAUGUGGUUGGCCAUGAGCUCCACCAUGUACAACCCGGUCAUCUACUACUGCCUCAACAGCAAGUUCAGAGCCGGCUUCCAGCAGGUGUUCUGCUGCUGUGCUCCCACGGUGGCCAAAGACGAGCUGGAGCUCAAGACGCCGCGUUACCUGCAAACACAGGUGAGCUCGUACCGAGCCAGUCGCAUGGAGACCGUGGUUUCCACCGCCGUCUGCCCGGGAGAGAGGGCGGCGCCGGAGGUCACAUCCAACGGCUCAGAGGCCAAUAAUAACACAGCACCGCCACGUACAGCACCCCGUGGAACGCUGUGAACCCUGACGGUCCGGGAGCGUCUCCGCGGUGGACCUCGCACCCGCUCGGUUCGUCACUCAGCCUGCAGCUUCGCUCAGCGCGACCCUGCUCCUCCCUUGGCAACAGUCGGGUCACACUGCGUCCGUCCAACCAGCACCUGUUGGGCCGGAUUAGCCCCUUGUUUUGACUUUGUGUGGAGGCCACAGGUCGGCUGAAUAUAGAUCCGCACACAGAAGCGUCAAUAAACGGAGGGGAAGGGUAAGAAAACACGAGGCCAGACACCGUGGAUACGCUGUGGAUCUGAGAGGACGGUACAAGGAAUUUGCAGAACGCUCCGUCCACCGGACCGGAGGAGACGAGGUGUCCUGAACGCUGCCAUCUGACCCACGUGACCCACUCUUAUUUUCAGCUGGUGACUCGGUGCCAAGCAGCUGUUCCCUGUUGUCUGUGCGUCUGGAACCAAAAGGUCACACGGGACCAGGAUCCUUGAAACCAAUACAAGAACCCGGACAAACAAAACCCAGCCUGACGCGCUGCUCCAGCUCAUCUGUGAUGCAAUCCGAGCCCGGCUGCUUUCUAUCAUCCUCCUUAUUUCAAAUUCAUUCCACCAAGUUUGACUGGAAGCACCUUAAAAUGUUGAAUCCUGCUUUUUGGUGCAAAGGCCGGUUUACAUAUAAUCACAAAGUACCCCCCCACUGCACACACUGCCUCCUGGUGUUCAGUCCUAGCACUGCAGUGAUAAUAUGACAAAAUAACAAACACACAAGACCGUAUUUUCCGAUUCAAACCUUGAAUCCCAAAAGAAAUGAUACUUAAACAGAGCUACUCGUGUUCACAUAUAGAACAUGACUCAUUGUAAAAUUCGAGCUUAUUCAAAUAAAUAACAUGCUCUGACGUCCACAUGCUGCGAUUCAGUUGGAAAAAUACUCAGUGAAGAUAAAGACUGCAGGACUGAUAACAAGGUCAAACUCCUCUGCCUUCACGCGGACGCGAGGCUUCAGCCUGCGAAAUCAGCUUUCAACACGAAACACGGCCAUUUCACGAGAAGCCGUGAUUGAACCACAAUAUAAUCAUUUACAUGGCUUCUAAACCUGGAACCUGCCUUAACUCUGGGAACUUCUAGCGGUCAGUCAGGAGAACUUUGUGUACGACUCUGCAGUAAAUGAUCAACACAUCCGUUUAAGGGUCCGAAUGGACGGCGAGGCUAAGACACGAGAAAGGAAAAAAAAAAUGCUGUACAAUCACUCAAUCAUUUGUUUCUUUUUAUAAUUUAAACACUUUUCAUUAUACAAAAGAAGGGAAAAUAAACUGUGAAAUCAGUCCAACAAAAUUUACAUCCAGGAAACAGUCACAGCUUUAAAGAAAACAGUACUUUACAGAAAUGUGUGCUUUGGCUCUGCUCAAGUGCUAGGAGGCUUUUAACACAAGUGUUAAAAUGCUGAGCUGCUGUUCCUUUGGUACAAAAUUCAUCAAAACUGUAAAAACAUCUGACAAUUAAUGACCAGAUAGCGAUCGAGUUCCCAUUAACACUGAUAAUCACUGAACACAUGUUCAGAAAAUAUUUUUCACCUUUACACAUCAGGUUACACAUGCAUCUUCACCUAUACACAUUAAUUACAUGAACCUGAGUGUAAACUUCACAGAGAAGCUAAGCGUUGUCUGUGUUUCAGUCCGAGUCAUCUUGAAGCAGUGACUCCUUCUCUCCGUAUGAAGUGCUCACAUGUGCGUCGCCGUCUGACUCAAAUAUCUGCAUCUGGACCAAAAAAAAAGUUAUAAAAGUUAUUACAGAAGAGUUCACAAAUGGAAGAGUGGCCACAAUGAACCCAGGAAGUGACCUCACAACCGCUCUGUUCUACAUUUGACCUAAUAAAACAUCUUUUUAGCUGUUA